UGCUGUACAAGAAGGGUGACCGGUCCAACUGAAACAACCACAGGUCGAUUUCGCUACUUUCUCACGUAGGUAAGGUCCCCAUCAAGAUCAUCACCAACCGUCUAAGCGCCUUCUGCGAAGCCAACAACAUCCUCCCGGAAGAACAGUGCGGAUUUCGACCCGGGCGAUCCACCGUCGACAUGCUGUUCGUCGUGCGCCGCCUCCAGGAGCUGGGGCGGAGAAAGAAAAUACCGCUCUACAUGUGCUUCGUCGACUUGAAGAAGGCGUAUGAUUCGGUGGACCGAGAGAUGCUACUGAAGGCGCUGGCCAGGGCCGGGGAGCUGGGGCGGAGAAAGAAAAUACCGCUCUUCAUGUGCUUCGUCGACUUGAACAAGGCGUAUGAUUCGGUGGACCGAGAUAUGCUAUGGAAGGUGCUGGCCAGGGCCGGGAUUCCCGCGAAGCUGAUCGAAGUCAUCCGCCAAUUCCACGAUGGAAUGCGGGCCCGGGUGCGCAUGGACGACGGAGAACUAUCGGACUGGUUCUUCGUGACACAGGGCGUGCGACAAGGGUGUGUGCUAUCCCCACUGCUGUUCAACAUCUGCUUCGCUGAGGUCCUCGAGGUCGUUGUCAUCCGAUUCAGCGAGGAUGAUGUUGUUCUUCUGCGGAGCCUGGUGUACUUGAAGGAGGAGAAAACGGAAGCGCGGGGGGGGGGAGGAGACACCCCUUUACCGAGCACGGAGGGCAGUAUGGGGGAUGCUGUAUGCCGAUGAUGCCGGCGUCGUAUCGAGGUCUGCAGAAGGACUCGCGAGAAUGAUGACCAUCAUCGUUGAGGUGUUCGGGGAGUUCGGGCUAACGGUGUCGGAGAAGAAGACGGAGACGCUCCUGAUGCGCGCAAAGGACAAGCCGACUACAACAUCACAGCCCACCCCGCCUCCACCACUGACCAUCGAAGCCGCGGGACAGAAAUACGCCCAGACGACCGAGUUCCGGUACCUCGGUGGCCUCGUCAACGAACAUGGCGACCUCACCCGAGAGAUCAACUACAGGAGCAGAGGAGCGUGGGCGUGCCUCAGGCGAUAUGGCCGGGAGCUCUUCGACAGACCGCAAGCGCCAUUCCGACUCAAGAUCCGCCUGCUCCAGGUGGAGGCCAUGGAGGCACUGCUGUACGGCUGCAUGACAUGAUCACCACUC